UCACCAUCUCUCACCUGUACCGCCUCUCCUCCUUCAGUUGCUGUUUUCUUAGAAGUGACAGCUCGCAACAGGUGGUUCAUUCGGAGCUGUCUUCGUUUUUCUUGCAAAACCAAAGCUCUUUGACUUCGACAGUUUCGACAGCCUUCCCUCCCCCCCUCUCCUCCCUGCGGAGUUACCUUUCUUUUUGCGGUUCUGCACAGAAGAUUUUAGGAUGGUCGGCUGACGUCGGAGGCGUUGUCUGAACCCACGUGUGUCAACUUAAACACCGAGUCUGCAAAACUUCUCCGUGAGUUGCUAAGGUGGAUGCCUGAAAUCAUGAACUCCCCAGGACCUCUGUCGAGGGAAGCCAAUGGAGUGGCCAGAUCGGACAGCAAGCUCAGCGCCAAGGCCCUCUAUGAGCAGCGGAAAAAAUACUCCAAUUCAAAUUUCAUCAUGCAAGAGACGUCGCAGUACCACGUUGAGCAUCUGUCGACGUUUGUAAUGGACAAGACAGAAUCUAUUGUCACUGUAGACGAUGCUAUCAAGAAACUGAUUCUUCUGGACUCGAGGGAUAAAAUCUGGACACAGGAGAUGCUGCUGCAGGUCACAGACAAGGCGGUCAGACUUCUUGAUUGUGACACUCAGGAAGAACUGGAGAACUUCCCCCUCACCACAGUCCACCUCUGCCAGACGGUGCUGAAUCAGACACGCUACCCGUCUGUGUUGCUGCUCAUGUGUCAAGACAGGGACCAACACAAACCCGACAUCCAUUUCUUCCAUUGUGACCAAGUGGAGGCUGAGAUGGUUCACGCAGACAUAGACAGUGCUCUUGGCGACAACAAACAUGGGAGAAAAAUGAGGCUGGAAACCCUCAAAGUGAACCAGGAAAAAAUGAAGCGUCAAAGAGAAACCAUCCUCCCUCCCUCGGCCCCCAGGGGCCCGCCACCUGUUGCAAACAGACGAGCGGCAGCCGCUGCACACACUCACAGUCUGCACGAUGCAGAGUCGCAUGAAAAGCUGGCCCAGCGCAUUGAGAAGGAUGUGCAAAUCCUCAACUGUGCCCUGGACGACAUCGAGAUCUUUGUGGCGCGGCUGCAGAAGGCAGCCGAGGCUUUUUAUCAGCUCAAUCAACGCAACAAGAGUAAGAAGAACAAGAAGAAAGGACCAGCAGAGGGCAUGCUGACCCUGCGGGCCAGGCCCCCCUCUGAAGCAGAGUUCAUUGACAGCCUGCAGAAACUGAAGCUGGCCCUCAACCUCUUGGCCAAACUGAAGAAACAUCUACAGAACCCAAGUGCUCCGGAGCUGGUUCAUUUCCUGUUUGGACCUUUGGAGCUGGUCCUGCAGACGUGUGGAAGUCCUGACCUGGUGCGCUCCGUCAUCUCCCCUCAUCUUUCGAUGGAUGCCGUCGACUUCCUGCGCGGACACCUCACCCCCAAAGAGAUGAACAUGUUUGAGCUGCUUGGUGACGGAUGGACCAGACCCAGGGCAGAGUGGCCCAGAGAUCAGUGCGCGCCUCCUUAUUACCCCAAGUUUCGAAAUGGAUGGGAGCCACCUGCAGAGUUUUUCUUGACGUCUCCGUGGGAAACCGAGGGACCACCCAGUCCACUUCCAUCUCCCACAAGCCCUGACUACAGAAGACACUCAUCUGACGAUUAUUACGUCAAUCCUUCCCCACCAAAUGGGGUGCACAGCAACCGUAAAUAUGCCAAAAUCCGUUACAAUUUUGUGGCGCGGAAUCCCAACGAGCUGUCAGUGCUGCAGGAUGAAGUCCUUGAGGUGUUGGAAGACAACAAACAGUGGUGGAAACUACGGAAUCGCAGCGGCCAAUCCGGCUACGUCCCAUAUAACAUCCUGGAUGUGGUACGGCUAGAAGAACCAGAAGAUCCCUACCCGAGCGACUACAGGGGUUCGCCCACUGAACUUCUGCACAAGAGAGACAGUUUCAAAGGGGGAAUACAGAAAGACAAAAAGAUGGACGAGGUUAAUAACGAGCUACUGAUGAAAAUCACAGCAAACAAAAACCCGCCACCCAGAAAGAUCCGGAUAGAGCGCCCGGCGGCCCCACAGGUGCCAUUAACUUCCCAGUCAUCUCCAGAGCAGGUGACAAGGUGGCUCAAUGCGAAAGCUUUCUCUAAACAGACUGUUGAAUGUUUGGGAAUCCUGACAGGAGCGCAGCUGUUUUCCCUGAACAAAGAGGAGCUGAAGGCCGUGUGCGGGGACGAAGGGGGCCGUGUCUUCAAUCAGGUGUCUCUGCAGAAAGGACAGUUAGAGAAGUACCAGGGAGACUCUGAGCUGCAGGAAAUCAUGACGCGAAGGAAGGAGAAGGUCGACUCCACAAGCACCGACUGAACACGUGGAGCGCCACACGACCUCCUUUAGAUGUUUUCCCUCCUCACAGCUUUCCCCAGGGCAGCAGCUUGCUAAAUCAGCGAACAUUUUCUUGUAAUCCUCGGAUAAAAAAAAAGAAACAAACCAGAUUGAAUACGCUCAUUUUUAAUUGCAUAUUUAUUUUGUAAAAUGUUAGAUGUUUGUUAUUCAAGUGUUUUCAAAUUAUGUUGCAUUUUUCUCAAUUGAUAAAAUUAUCGAAGAAAUUACCUGCUAAGAAGAGGAACUCGUGCACAGUUUUGUUGAAUGUGCAGGGCAUGCAUGCAACAUACGCGUGCAUGAGAGGGCAGAGUCAGUGUAUGUUCUUAAUAAUACUGUUUUAUACUGUUUGCAGAAUUUGCCUGUAAAAACCUAAAAUCUUUGCAGUUGCUUUUUAAAAUCAGUGCCAGGAUGUUUGACAUGUUUUCUAUUGCAUAGCCAAUUAUUUUCAUGUUAAUGCUAACGGGAAAAAUAAAGCAAGCAUACGUUUUGUUGUGUAUGGCAGACGUUUGUGUCUGGUCGGUAAACAAAAAUCAGCGACAAGUAUUAGAAUAAAUGCUCUUAUUCUUGUUUUCUUGAUGUUAUUUGACAUUUUGGCAACUUAACAAAGCAAUAUGCCUUUCUCAGUAAUAGUGGGAUCUUUUAUGUGGCGCCCUCCAAAUUUAUCGGCGUACCUAAAAUGGAUACAAACCUUUAAAAUGAAUUAAUCUUUUAUCGCUGAAGCAUAUUUUGGCGUUGGAAACUUUUUCUGCAGCUCAUAUUCCAUGGACAAAGUCAUACAUUAGUGCAUGGUAUUAUGUGGUACACAUAAUACCAGUCUUUUCAUUUUGUUUCUAUUUUUGUUUUGUUUCUAUUUGGUUUACUUGUGGACAAUGGAAACUGAGUUAAUUAUGACAGAUCUGUCAUAGUGUGAACAAGUAGCUGUUUUCUUGAGGCCGUUUUGUGAUUUAUUAAAUGAAACGUGAAUCUUCUCAUAAAAGAAAAAAAAAAUAGAGAACAGAAUGAAAUGCCAAGGCAGCCAUGCUGAGAAAAUCACUGGUGAAAGAAUGUAGUGAACGUCCCUGUACAAUUUGUUAUUGACAAGAAGUUAAGUUCUUAUUGGAUUAAUAUAAUCAACUCUAAAGCAUUCUCUCUACAAUCUCUCUGUCACGGUUAAACUGUUUGUUUUCUCAGUGAAAUCGUAGUGACCCAGUUAAGUAAAAUACUGAUGACAAAAUCAACAACCUCAACACUCUGAACAACUUAAAAAAGUAAGGUAUAAGUUUGAAAACGAAGCCUCUGUUACUCCUCUAGGGCCUUGUAAAUUUGACGCAGGUGACAUUUUAAACAGCUAUUAAGUGCUAUCUAUUAUGGAAUUUCUUUUCCUCAAUGAGUUUUUU